GUGCCCGCCGAAGGGGGAGGAGGCGGAGGAGCAAGCUGUGCGGCCAGAGCGGGAAAGCUACUCGUCUCGGCGUCCGAGUUCUGGAGCUGCCGCACCGCGGCUCCUAGGGCUGCAGCGGGAGCUGUGAGGGGCCAGGCGUCCGCUGUCUCCCGGGUCCCCUCCGAGGACCCCGCGGGAUCAGGAAAGGGAGAAGAUGGAGGAGGAGGGCGGCAGCGGCCGCGCUGCCGCCGCAGGGACCAGCAAGGACGGCGGCGCCGGGGAAGAGCAGCUCCUUACCGUCAAGCACGAGCUGCGGACUGCUAAUUUAACAGGACAUGCAGAGAAGGUGGGGAUUGAAAAUUUUGAGCUCCUGAAGGUCCUAGGAACUGGAGCUUAUGGAAAAGUAUUUCUGGUUCGUAAAAUAAGUGGUCACGAUGCUGGAAAGCUGUACGCCAUGAAAGUUUUGAAAAAGGCAACAAUAGUUCAAAAGGCCAAAACCACCGAGCACACGAGGACGGAACGACAGGUCCUGGAGCACAUCAGGCAGUCUCCGUUUUUGGUGACGUUGCACUAUGCUUUCCAGACAGAAACCAAACUUCAUCUCAUUUUAGAUUAUAUAAAUGGUGGAGAACUUUUUACUCAUCUUUCUCAAAGAGAGCGUUUCACAGAGCACGAGGUGCAGAUCUAUGUUGGAGAGAUUGUGCUUGCCCUCGAACACCUCCACAAGUUGGGGAUUAUAUACCGUGACAUUAAGCUUGAGAAUAUUCUACUUGAUUCUAAUGGCCAUGUGGUGCUGACAGACUUUGGUCUGAGUAAGGAGUUUGUGGCUGAUGAAGCUGAAAGAGCAUAUUCCUUUUGUGGAACUAUUGAAUACAUGGCACCAGAUAUUGUCAGAGGGGGAGAUUCAGGACAUGACAAGGCAGUUGACUGGUGGAGUUUAGGUGUUCUAAUGUAUGAAUUACUAACUGGAGCAUCUCCUUUCACUGUUGAUGGAGAGAAGAAUUCCCAAGCUGAGAUAUCUAGGAGAAUAUUAAAAAGCGAGCCUCCGUAUCCCCAAGAAAUGAGUGCUGUAGCCAAAGACCUCAUUCAGCGUCUCUUGAUGAAAGAUCCCAAGAAAAGACUGGGAUGUGGUCCACGUGAUGCGGAUGAAAUCAAAGAACAUCUCUUUUUUCAGAAAAUAAAUUGGGAUGAUUUAGCUGCCAAAAAAGUGCCGGCGCCCUUUAAGCCAGUCAUCCGGGAUGAAUUAGAUGUGAGUAACUUUGCAGAAGAGUUCACAGAAAUGGACCCCACCUACUCUCCCGCGGCACUGCCCCAGAGCUCCGAGAGGCUGUUUCAGGGCUAUUCCUUUGUUGCUCCUUCUAUCCUGUUCAAGCGUAAUGCAGCCGUCAUAGACCCUCUUCAGUCUCACGUGGGAGUUGACCGUCCUGGAGUGACAAAUGUUGCUAGGAGUGCAAUGAUGAAGGACUCUCCGUUCUAUCAACACUAUGACCUAGAUCUGAAGGACAAACCAUUGGGAGAAGGAAGUUUUUCCAUUUGUCGAAAGUGCAUACACAAAAAAAGUAACCAAGCAUUUGCAGUCAAAAUUAUCAGCAAAAGGAUGGAAGCCAAUACUCAGAAAGAAAUAACAGCUCUGAAACUCUGUGAAGGACACCCCAAUAUCGUGAAACUACAUGAAGUUUUUCAUGAUCAGCUUCACACGUUUCUAGUGAUGGAACUUCUAAAUGGAGGAGAGCUGUUUGAGCGAAUUAAGAGAAAGAAACACUUCAGUGAGACGGAAGCCAGCUACAUCAUGCGGAAGCUUGUUUCGGCUGUAAGCCACAUGCAUGAUGUCGGAGUGGUACAUAGAGAUUUGAAACCCGAGAAUUUAUUGUUCACCGAUGAAAAUGACAAUUUGGAAAUCAAAGUAAUUGAUUUUGGAUUUGCACGCUUAAAGCCGCCUGAUAAUCAGCCUCUGAAGACACCGUGCUUCACUCUUCACUACGCCGCCCCCGAGCUCUUGAAUCACAACGGCUACGAUGAGUCCUGUGACCUCUGGAGCUUGGGCGUCAUUUUGUAUACAAUGUUGUCAGGGCAAGUUCCAUUCCAAUCUCAUGACAAAAGUUUGACGUGCACCAGUGCAGUGGAAAUCAUGAAGAAAAUUAAAAAGGGAGAUUUCUCCUUUGAAGGAGAAGCCUGGAAGAAUGUAUCCCAAGAAGCUAAAGAUUUGAUCCAAGGACUUCUCACAGUUGAUCCAAAUAAGAGGCUUAAAAUGUCUGGCUUGAGAUACAAUGAAUGGCUUCAGGAUGGCAGUCAGCUGUCCUCAAAUCCUCUGAUGACUCCAGACAUUCUAGGAUCCUCAGGAGCUGCUGUGCAUACUUGUGUGAAAGCAACCUUCCACGCCUUUAACAAAUACAAGAGAGAGGGGUUUUGCCUUCAGAAUGUGGAUAAGGCCCCUCUGGCGAAGAGAAGGAAGAUGAAGAAGACCAGCACCAGCACGGAGACGCGCAGCAGCUCCAGCGAGAGCUCUCACUCCUCCUCCUCCCACUCCCAUGGCAAGACGACACCCACGAAGGCACUGCAGCCAAGCCACCCUGCCGACAGCAAUAACCCGGAGACCCUCUUCCAGUUCUCGGACUGAAAGCGUAGGAGCGGCAGGAAGGUAGCCAGUGAGCCCCUGUACCCUCAGCUCCCUGAGUGUGGGCCUGAGGCCAUGCUCUGUGCUUUCAAAAACAUCCCGUUGGUCUCAUUGGAAUCUGCCUCGUAGGGAAUCUUUUUCAGGAAAACCCAACAGGUUAUCCUUGUCCACAAGCACUGGACAGAGAAAUGUUACUGUGAAUAGAGCACAUCCCACACUGUUGAGUGACCUAGCGUGAUGCCAACAGGACUGUUCCUGAACGAGCAAAGAGGUCUGUCCGUUUAAGUAGGGACUGGUGAGAUCUGAGCUGCUUAGAAAAUAAGUCACAGCGUUUUCAGAUGUCUGCCGACAAGAGUUCCUCGUACUGUGAUGACACCUUUUGCUCGCCUUGUGGGCAUUGUGGGUUUUUAAGAGAUUUGCACCCUUUGAACCGUGAUUUAUCAGCAAAAAAAAGGUCUAACUGUUUUCAAAAAUAUUCUGUAAUGAAUUUUAUGUGUGGCCUAUACUUAUUUCUUGAGAGAGGAUUUUAACUUAUUGUUUUUAUUUUAUGGUUACCUAUGAUGAUAACCUGCUAUUAUUAAUCUUUUUCUAAAAAGUAAAAAAAAUAAAAAGUUAUAAGAACUUCAGGUCCCAUGCUCUGUCUUGGGGACCCAUCUAAGAUGCAUGCUAAGCUACGUAUGUUUUUAAUUUUGCACUGCUCUUUCCUGGCAAUUUGUUUUAAUGGUUAUUGCGAAAUAUUAAGGUACAUGUCUCUAUUUCAAGUAAUAUUGCACUUUAUAAAAGAAUAUGAAUAAAGCGAGCUAUUUUAUAAAGUGCACUGUUUAAAGCAUAUGUACUGUAAUUUUGCCUCCCCCCCCCCUAUUAUCAACUUUAAAUUUGUCCUCACAUCCCCCUUCUACUUUGGAAGCUACAGGUAGAAUGGGCAUGGUGUGUAACGUAAUCAUUAGCCGCCAAGGGACCGAUGUGAGGAAAACCUAAAGGGAAAUUCUAUUGAACACUGUGCUUCUUAUUUGUACACUGUGUUGUGCUGCAGUGAGGCUCUUCCUCCUGUAGUCGGAUAUUAUGUACAUAGUAUUUUAGAAUCAUAACUAUGACUUGUUUUGAAAUUUUUCUGUUAAAUUUUAAAUCCAGGAAGCAUAUUUUAUAAACUUAUGCAGAGCACUUUUAUUGCUCAGAAGUUCUGAAUUCAUACAGAAAACAAGUGCUAUGUGCCGAAGACAUUUCACUGAAAGAUCGCUGCAUUUUAAAAUACGAUUAAUUCAUUCCCUAUGCAAAAAAAGAAGCGAUAGGAUUUGUAUGCUGUAUUUUCUUUUAAAGCCAUCAUACGAAAUGUCAGGACUGAGAAAAGUGAUUUUUGCUAUGUUUACAGGAAUCAAGCUUAAAAAGGUAAUGCCCAACGUGUUUAUUUUAUAGUUUUCAUUAACGAUAACCCCUUGAGCAUUAGUUUGGAAUUGGGCAUGAUAUUUAUUUAUUCUUGAGAUAAUAGCAGCAUUAACUUCAACCAGUUAUGAAUACUAAAAAUACUGCACUCUAUGUAAUAGUAGAAUAUUUAUUACUGAACCCAUGUAUAUAUUAAUAGCACAGGCAACAAAAAUGGCAAAUAUUAAACUAUUUUCAAAAUGUAUUCUCCUGUUCACAUUUUUGUCCACAAUGGUUACAGGAAAUAACUCUAUACUUUUCAGUGGCCCAAAUGACUACAUAAUUCUCAUUGAGUCAAUGAAAAUUUUGUACUUCUGGCUUUUGGUCAUUCCUAGUAAUGACGGGAAAUCUUAGCUGCAUGAUUGCCAAACUCUAUUGCUAAUUCACAGAAUGUGAUUCCAUCAAGUACACAGUUACACUAAUCAAGAAAAUGUCUAUUUAUAUCUAUAGUCAGGUUGAAUACAUCCAGAAAUGUGUAAGUUAACUCUUCAAGUCAUUUUUAAAACUGUGCAUUCUAGUAGAAAAUACUAGCUGUCAAGUAUAAACUAAAGGAACUUUGUUGCUCAGGGAAAAUGAUCCAGAAAAAAAGGUCAGUAUGCACUAAUGAUUGAUGGUGUCAUUGAUGCAUGGUGAAUAUUGGAAAUUAAUGGGUUUCAUUUUCAUUUCUUUUCCUUGCCUCCUCUUCUGGAGGACUUGACAGAAAAUGAGAUGGAUAAAAUGGCAGGCGGUGUAAGAGCAAGGAAAGAGAAGGUUAAUUUAUCAACUGGAUGAGCCUCUUGAAUAAUCUGUAAUGGGCUUUUGAGAAGAGCUCAGAAAACACUCAGUGUGGUGCCCAGUUAUAGACUAUCUUCAUCCUCACCUACGUAUAAAUCCCAGAAAGACCCUGAGUCUGUGGCACUUAUGUCGCAUGCAGGCCGUCAGUGUCAGUGAACUGCACUUCAAAAUUCACAAAGCUUUCGUUUAGUCACAUCAAAAAUCAACUGAAAUAUUCUUCAUAUGAAAAUGUUGAAUGAAAGGACUCUUUUUCGGUAUUAGGAGUAAAAUAGAAGUAGAUUUAAGAAAAACAAAUGCAUGUAUUAAAUUCUUUUUAUAACGCUUUUGGAGCCAAAUCACCCCUUUCCUUCUUCUCUUACUGAUUAUAUUGUAUUUAGUUUUCAUAUCAUCAUAAACCCUGACUCGCAUAUUUUAUAAAACUAUGUGGAUAACUGAGAGGCGUGGAUAACUGAGAGGCAAGAAUAAGAAAAGGAAGGUAAUAAAGGAAAGACAUUUUAAAAGACCAGUUUCUUCUAAUUACUGUGCCAGAUCCUGUGGCUGAAUGAGUUAAGUCAGCUAUUUUGAAAUUCAUUAAUUCUUGCAAACUGCUAUAAAAUAAUGAACCACUGGAACAGAAAAUCAAGUCUCCUGAGUUAAUUUCAACAUGUUGGUCUGCCUUGGAAUUGUAAAUUCACUUACCCAUGAAAAAUAGCCUUUUUUUUUUUAUAUAUUACUGCUGAUUUCUUAAAUAACUAUGAUAUGCCGACAAAUAACCACGUAAAUGGCUUCGUAUAAGGUAAGUUAUUUUAAAGAAACCAACUCGGAUAGCUGUGACUAUUUUUUUUUAAAUAAGGAAAUUCCUUUUGUAUCUCAGUUUUUUAUAGUAUGUUCUCAAAUACUUUAUAAAAAGUGUACAGUUUAUUGUCUACUUGUUCACCUUGCCCCCAUUUCAAGUACCUGUUAUUGUCAUAUUUAUUAAGAACAGGGUAUCUUAAAAUGGUGAAAGUUUCUAAGUUAUUGGCCCUCUAUGGGCAUCAGACCACCUGAUUACUUUGGGUGUUCUCCCAUGUGACCAAUAAUAAGAAUAUGAUUUGGGUGUUUGUGUGAUCACACUUCUAAAAUUCUUCAAGAUCUCAGUAAAUAAGUGAAAUUCUGAUGUGCCAGUUAACACUGUAUCAAUAUAAUUAUAGGUGAAUUAUUGUAAUAUAAUGAAAUAUCUUAAAACUGUCUGACUUUUGGACCUUCAAAUGCCUUAAACACCCCAAUUUCUGGCCCCUAAUUAAUUUAUAUCCCCCACACAAGAGUCCCUCUUCAUUUGAUACCCUUGUCUGGCACUAAAAUGAAUGAAGCGGGCUCUAAUGAAAUUCAGAAUUUAAAUUCGAGUCAUUGUAAAACUCAAAGGAUGGAAAAGUGAUCAUAAAAUAUCAGAUGUAUCAAAUAAAUAUUUUAAGUAUAAUCUACCCAAAGAAGACAGCUGCUGGAGCUGCACAAGUUUUAUUUGCUGUCUUGUUAAGUAACUCCAAAUUGUGUCAUUCCUUAGAAUGUUUCCCCUAAAAGUAGUUAUUUAAAUUUUGUUUUUAAUGGAGGACAAAGUAUAUUUUCAAGGGGGCAACAUUUUUCGUCUUAAGAACAUUUGGUUAGUCUCCUUCCAGUCCUCAUCUUCAGCAUUUCUGACCUUUGAGCUUUCAAGGUAUUUCUUCUGAGACCUUUUCUUUGUAUGCCCAGCUCCCUGUGACCUAAUUAGGUACCUGAAGCUUCCCUCCCCCAAGGUGGUUGUCCACUUUUUAGUUCCUGAAUUUGUGAAUUAAGCAGGUGCCAUUUUUUUUUUUAAUCACCUACUAUUAGACCAAAAAGGAGUAAGAAGUUAAAGCGGGUUCCAAAUCUAUGUGUCUUGGCUUCUUCAUACUAGUGCGAAGUAGGUACUGCUUAUUGCCAGCCAUUUCCUUUCCAUUAUUCCUUCUGAGCACAUGGCCAAAAGCUUGAUAUUUUGUAUUUUGGAGGAGACUUGAAUUAAAAGAGAGGAUUCUUGGUAGUUAUUCAUCAGACUUAAUUUUCCUGAUGUAUUUCUGCUGGAAUAGGUAGGACAUUUUAUAUUAUUUUUCCAGUGAGAGUACUUGCCUAGGUUGUCACAAGCACUUGAAUACUUCAGAUUGGUCAGAUAGUAUUUAAUACAGCAACUUUUCUCCACAGCACAGGAAACUCGGAUAAGACUUAGCAUCAUGUGGUUUCCACUAGUCUUUUCCACUGCAUAACAUUUUAAAUUUGUACUGUUUUUAGAAAAUUUGUCUCUUCACUAAAGAAAAGCAAACAAAGAGGGACUUGUUCCUUCCAUAGUGAGCAGUUUUGAUUUUUACUUUCUGUUUUAAAAUACUCCUGUAUUAAAAAAGAAGAAUAAAACAGAAAGAAUAUCCCCCCAAAAUGUCAUUACUUAGAAAAGGAAAUUUAAGUUGUUAUGAACAGAAUACUACAGAUUUAUUUCCUGGCAUUUCUGCUUGUAGAUAGAUUGGAAAAUCAUUGUUUCUCUUGUUUGCUUUAAAAUACAGUAAGACUGAAGAACUUUAUAUUCUAAAUUUUUUUUUUUUUUUGGAACUUGAUACUCUUAACUGCAGUUUUAUUUUUAACUUUGUAAGAGGCUGGUCGUGUAAAUGGGCACUGUCGUGUUGGAAUGGAUCUGUGAUAAUAUCCUCAUUAAAGACCUGUUGCCGUGGUAGA